AUGUUCAAAGUGUUUGGUGCACUGUCCGGGAAGGGCAGCAGUGACUCCAAUGGGAAUUCCACCAGGAGUAGUAUCAAUGAGAAGAGGACCAAAUUGAUCCUGAAGGAGGCUAAUGACUUCGAAAUUGCGUUACGGGCCAUGGACUAUGUUCUGGAUGACAGGACUGAGGAAGGCCUUGCACUGUUGAGGGAAAAUGAGAAGGUUAAUGGGCAGAAUCAGACCAUUACUGUCCUCGCCAGGGGUGUCAUCGAAUUCUUGCAAGCUACAUUAAGUUUCGAGAUGGAGGAGAUCAAGAAUGCUUCUAAUACGCUGGCCAAAGCGGAGCAACUGUCGUGGAAGUCCCGUACUGAGGCUCAGAAAUCGGGUAUCAGGAAUAGUUCUAUCUACCCACCAGGUACUGUGUACGCAGUCACUUACACUGAGUCAUGUCUCUUGCAUGCCCUCUUGAUGUUGUUUACUGAGAGUAUGAUGGAUGCAGCAAAAGCAUUACUUAAGCUGAGGAAAGCAUAUUCAAUGCUUCAUGAAAUAAUGGAAGUAGUCAAAAAGUCGGAAUUGUCAAGAAAAGUUUCAAGUUCCUCUGCAGUGAGUAUUCAAUCAAAUGGUAGUUUUGUUUCAGAAGAAGCUACAUUUGUAUCUGCAGAUAUUCCAUAUCAGUUAUCAGAGACCGAAUCCAAUGAUCCCGAACUGUGGGCCUUUGCAGAGAAGAUAUAUAAGAUGAGGAAACUGCGGCUAUCAGGGGCUCAUAUCGGUAACACACCUGCUAUCUCAAGAUUAAGGUCAGGAUUAGGACUAUCAGCUUCAAAUAAAUCGGAAGAGCUUGCAAAUAGUGAACAAUCAGUUCUGUCCGAUGAAGCUGCUGAAAGACAGGCUACUAUUGAUGAAUUUAUCCAUUCAGGUGUCAACCUGUGCUACGGUAUUUUGCAAGUUGUUCUAUCUUUAAUUCCACCGGCUAUCGGAGCUGUACUUUCUAUAGUUGGGUUUAGAGGUUCACGUGAAGAAGGUUUAAGGCUAAUUUGGAAGGCUACGAAAGACAGAAAUGUUCACGGUUGCAUUGGUCUUCUUGGACUAAUGUUUUAUUAUGAUGGUCCAUUCCAGUUUACCGAUGUUGAUUUCGAUAUACCACCUGCUCUAAGUAAUACCAAAACUUCAGACAGUGAUACUGAUCGUGAUGGAUCUAUUUCAAUCGAUGAGAUGGAUGGGCAUGCAUUAUUACAUCCGGGACCUAUCCUCGAAGAAGCACUUUUGCAUGCAAGAGCAUUAUUUCCAAACAGUGCAUUAUGGUUACUAAAUGAAGCUAGGAUGCUAUCAAGUAGAGGUAGACUUCCUGAGGCAAUUGAAUUGCUGGAUUCCAUUGAUGUAGAGUCUAUCCAUAUGAGACAAGUAAAAGGUUUAUUAGUAUUUGAUAAAGCUAUCACAUUGGUUCAUAUGCAGGAAUAUGAAAGAGCAGCUACAAAUUUGUUGUCCUUAUUGAAAAUCAGUGACUGGUCUCAUGCAUUUUACACUUAUUUUGCUGGAUGCUGUUAUCUUGAAAACUGGAGAAUGGCGCAGAUGGGAUUUAUCAAGGAUGAUAAGUUAGAAUUUUAUAGAGAAAAGGCUGAAGAGCUAAUAUUCAGUGCUCCAAAAUUACUUGGGAAGAAGACGUUUAAGUCGAAAAAUUUGCCAUUGGACAGAUUCAUGUUGAGAAAGGUAGAGCAGUUUAAGGCUACACAAAAGAAGUUAGGCGUUAAAAAUAUUCUUGACGCUAUUGGCACUUCUCCUAUUCGUGAAAUUACUUAUUUCUAUAAUGGGUAUAAUAGAAUGAGUAAGAGUGAUCUUGAAAUUGCACAAAAGAUGUUGACAUCUUACCACAAUCCUGCUAUUGACCAACAUGAUCCUGAUCAAGAACUGAUUAAAAACCUAUUGUUAUCUUUGACAAUGAGAAGACUCGGUGAUGUUGAGAGUGGUGUUAAACUACUCGAUGAAAAAGUGCUACCAAGUAUCUACUACAUGCAAAAUGGUAAAGUGAAAUAUAUAAAAAAGACUGAAGACCCUUGGGCAUAUCCAACAGCUCUUUACGAAAGGGCACUUUUCACCUGGAAGCUUGAUGGUGUUGAUAAUUUGUCAGAAUGUAGGCAUUGGUUAGUAACAGCUCAGAAUUAUGCAGGCGACUAUGAAUUGAGUACCAGAGUGGGAAUGAAGAUUAAAGCUGCCUUAGAUCGUGUUGAAGAGUCUUUACAACAUGGCACUGCAUAG